CAAAGCUAGGAGAUAAAUAAAAUUAUUAUGCGAUAUAUUACUUAAGUAAGUAAAACUGUGAACAAGACUCGCAAAUUAUAAUCAUGCUUCAGAGUAAGGAAGAAAUUACGGCUUUGUGCUGCAGUUUGGUUAUAGAAAAUGAGCUUAAAGGUAUUAAAGUGGCUAUAUCAAUAAUUCCUCCAAUAUUAGGAAUACUUGCGGGAGGAUAUUAUGGAUCAGUACUAUUGAGCUCUAUUUUACUAGGUAUCUUAAUGGGAUUUCUUGUAGGAUUUAUAUUUUACUUAUUAUUAAUGGUAAUAUUAUACCAACGCAGCUUACAAUUAGUGACAGAUGUUGUAAAAUCUAAUCUAGACCCUGGUACCACACAAAAAUUAGUUUGUCAGAUAACUGGCGUCAAUAUAAACCAAAAGAACCGGUCAGUCUUCCAACGUGCUUUAAAUCUAAAACGGUAAUAAAGGAUCAAAUAAUUAAGGGAUUGGAGACAUUUCUUUUGGAAGAGCUCAAAUUAAGAAUUAAGUAGCAUUUUUUUACUUCCAAACUUUGUAAAAAAAUCUGUUGCAUUAAAGGUAUGAUUCAUAAUAGAUAA